AACACUCAGACGCCUGAACCUGGAUUAGAUUAUUCCAAGCUAACAGUGGAGAAAUUUCAUUAGAAUAUUUUUGGAAAUCUGCUCAACCUUUGACACAUUGAGCUGGGGUCUGUCUCUUCCAGGUAGAGGUUUACAGGAAGCUCUGCUGAGUUUAGGGUGUCUCAUUACUUCCUCAUUUUCCAGACAGUCACUGUGGUGCUGGAUGUAAAUGCUUUACUUUCCUUAAUAAUUGUUUGUGGGGAAAUAAAUUUAGGCCAGAAUGAACUUCAUAUCUUCAGGUUGCUUGACAGGAUCCACUCGCUCCUCAACCUCAAGGAUAGAGUUUGGUGCUUUUAUGUGAGGUGUCCUUUAUUUAACCACCAAUAGAACGCUGUGUUUGCUGUGUUUGUCUUUCCAGACCGCCUGCAGGAUUAUGUUGGAAAAGAGGAGGAAUUCUCUGACCAGCAGCUCUGUGGACAGGAGAGGAAAGCCAGUUUGGACCAAGAGGAAUCGGAACAUCCGCAGAUUAAAGAAGAGCAUCAAAAGCCAGAACAUCCCUGGACAAAAGAGGAAACCAUGGAGCUCCCCAUAAGUGAGCAGAAAGAGCAGCUUGUUCUGAAGCAGGAUAUUAAAGAUACAAGAGAGAAACCUUUCCCAUGUUUGACAUGUGGAGAAAACUUUCUUAAAAAAGAGCAUUUAUUGGUUCAAACGAGAACUCACACAGGUCAGAGGUUUUAUUGUCUGUCCUGUGGAAAAAGCUUCACUAAUAAAUCUCAUCUUGAUACACACAUCAGAAUUCACACAGAUGAGAAGCCCUUUAAAUGUCUGUCCUGUGGAAAAAGCUUCACUAACAAAUCUAAUCUUGAUAAACACAUCAGAAUUCACACAGAUGAGAAGCCUUUUUGCUGUAACAUUUGUAACAAGAAAUUUACUCAGAAGGGUAGUUUGACUUCUCACAUGAGAAUUCACACUGGUGAGAAGCCUUUUUCUUGUAACAUUUGUAACAACAAAUUUAAUCAAAAGAGUAGUUUGACUUCUCACAUGAGAAUUCACACAGGUGAGAAGCCUUUUGAAUGUCUGUCCUGUGGAAAAAGCUUCACUAACAAAUUUAAUCUUGUUACACACAUCAGAGUUCACACUGGUGAGAAGCCUUUUUCUUGUACCAUUUGUAACACUAAAUUUAAUCAGAAGAGUAGUUUGACUUUUCACAUGAGAAUUCACAAAGGUGAGAAGCCUUUUGAAUGUCUGUCCUGUGGAAAAGGCUUCAAUGACAAAUCUAAUCUUGAUAAACACAUCAGAAUUCACACUGGUGAGAAGCCUUUUUCUUGUACCAUUUGUAACAAUAAAUUUACUCAAAAGAGUAAUUUGACUACUCACAUGAAAAUUCACACAGGUGUGAAGCCCUUUGAAUAAGUCACAGCAGCUAGAUGCCACAGGAAUGAAAUGUAGAGGUGUUUACCAUGUUUGACUGGUGAUAAAAUGUCCAUCUAGAAACUCCUUCACCUCAUUACAUGAGAAACUCACGUGUCAAAGUCCUUUUUUUGAGGCAAGUUUUGAGAAAGCCAUUAAUUAACAGCUCUGUUUACAUAGAAACCAGAACAGAUAAGGUGUUAUAUAGUAAAGCCUGUACUCAGUUGCUGGAUGAAUAUUUGGAAGUGAACAUUUGAAAGUUCAUUAUUUUGGACCUGAGUAAAUUAGAUUUCAAUGGCCACAAAAUGUUGCCCUAACAAAAAAAAAAAGAUUUUUAAAUUUAUGAUUUUUAAAUUUUUCUGUAAUGAGGGGAAUAAACAUAAUAAAGUGCAACGACAACAUCUUGGUUACAGAUGAAGCAGGUUUGCUGUCCAUAGAACAAGCAAUUGAUAAGUUAUAGAUGUUGAAAUUAAGGGGGGGGAAAAAGGCAGACCCAUACUGUGCAACUUUUGCUUGGUGUUGCAUAUCUUUUUCUGAAUGAAUUUAUUAAGAAAAAAAAACUCCAGUUUUAUUUUGUACACCAAGAAACUUUUAGUUGAAUGAUAAGCUAUCGGCUGGAUAUAUUCCAGAAACAGACUUUUAUUCUGAUGAAAAUAUCCU